GUAACACACCUCCGCGUCUCCCCGGGAUCAUGAGCCGGGUGGCCUCAGCUCUCCGGCGGACGUUUGGGAUCGCACGCGAGCACGUCGGGACGGAUCAUCUGGGAAAUAGAUAUUAUUUUGUCCCGGAGCAGAAGACAUGGACAGGGGAAAGAGAUUGGAGGGAGAGCGGGGUGAGGGUUUUCAGUAUUGGUACCUGGUUGCCCUUGUAUCACUGAUGCUUAUCGGAUCACUCCGUCUUCAUAAAGCUGGCCAUUACCAUGCACGUGCUGGUCCCCCCCGCAUCCCUCCCCUGCUGAGCUGUGUGCAGGAGAGGAAUAAACCCGGCUCAACACAGGCGGGAAGACUUGUCCGUUCCAAGCGGAUGGUAGAAGCAGCCAAUCCCACAGAAUACGAAUAUAUAGAAGGCAGCAUACCGAUGGAGUGGGACGCUUGGAUCCGAGGCAGACGGAAGGAGCCCCCCUCCGUCGAGGAGCUGGUGAAGAAUGAGUCUUACAGGACGCAGAUCAAGCUGAAGGCCAAGGAGGUGGAGGAGAAAGAUCUGGCCCUGCAGGCGAAGGAGUAUGAAGAAGGGCUGGUGGCGACUCCUGCGAGGACUCUGGCUGAAGGACAUGCAUCCGCCACUAGUUUCGGGAAGCAGGAGAUCAGCGAGGAGCCCACCAGCACGGCAAACACAUUUCAGCCUGGCUCCUGGAUGCCCACCUCCAAGAAAUAGACUGAGAUGUCCACACACACUGAAGCUGCUGUGCAGUAUAUGAACUAACAGAAAAGCCCCACAAUAAACACCGCCUUUGUGAAAGUGAUAUUCAAUUUGUCAAGAUAUUUUUUUUUUUUUAUUGGGGACAUCAUUCACAAUAAUCCAAUGCAAGUGAGCAACACACAAAGAUCUGACCUCAGUAAGGACCAGUUGGAUCAACUCAUCUUUCAGUCAGUCUCACAUAAUCCUGCAUUAGGUUUCACAGAGGGGGUGUUUAUUUCGAGGGAGUUUUAUUGGUCUGCAUUACAUCAUAAAGAGGUUUAUAUUUUUCUGGUACCUUUAGUAUAUUGAAUAUACACAGUCAUCUUAAAGCUGUGAUGAGUUAUUUAAUGUAGUUGAAAGGUUUGUUACAGUAAAAAAACACUGGAAUUGCUCAUUAGUACACCGGCUACAAAUGUUUCAGGGAUACUGAAACAAAUAAUUCUGUUAAUUAAAUCGGUAUUACACCUGUGCUGAGGCAAAUAAAAAUGGUUUAAUUACACAUCAAGAAUUCAGCUAUGUCCAAAGAAAUGAUGCAGAUGUAAUUAUCCUUAACAAAAGAAAGGGUUGAAGUGUAGAGAUGAAUAGAACGAGAUGUGAUGAAAGCAGGUGGGAAAGUUAAACGCUGAGGGAAAGAUUAAAGAGCACAUGUGAAAUUAAAUGAAAUCUGUCCAGUCCACAGUGUAAUGAGACCGUACUUACAAUAAAUGCUGUGUUAAUGGUUCUGUUCAUUAUGAA